AUGGUCAGUGGCGGAGCAGUUCCAGCAGCACGCGGAGAGCGGGGACAUGCAGGUAGCGGAAAACGCCCUUCUGGAUGCUCUGCUGCUAGGGGAGGAUCAGCAGCAGCAGCAGCAGCAGCAGCAGCAGCAGCAGCAGCAGCAGCAGCAGCAGCAGCAGCAGCAGCAGCAGCAGCAGCAGCAGCAGCAGCAGCAGCAGCAGCAGCAGCAGCAGCAGCAGCAGCAGCAGCAGCAGCAGCAGCAGCAGCAGCAGCAGCAGCAGGGAGGAAUGAGGAACAGAGUGCAGCGGGUGUUGUGGCAGCGCGUUGGGUCAGAGGGUGCUCUUGCAGACGACGUGCUGCUGGGAUUCACUAG